GCCAGGUCCCCAAUUCGACCACUACACCUAUUUCCAAACUGGACAAGUUGACUGGUCGCUGGUUUCAACACCAGCACGUGAAGUGGGGUCGUGUACUGUUUUUGUCGGGAAGGGUUAAAGUUGCACACAAUGCAAUUGCGACGUUAGCUAAAAAAUCAACAACGCUGUUACUGUGCUGUUGCUCUGCCCGUUUCCUAGCUAACCCAGUCGGUGCAGAUAUGCUCAAUACCGUGCGAUGCGUGCUGUCAAAGCUGGUUUCUCCAUUGUGGAGGACUGUGGGUGGAGAUGGAGAAGGCAUUUUCACUGGUGAAACAGGUAUGGAGGACAUUCGCCACCUGCGGGGCAGUGUGGUGACCCAGCUGUGCUUGGACUAUGGAUUGAUAGACGAUGCAAUCUACUUCACAAGCAGAGAGGUGUUGGGUGGGGUACCCUUGAAAGAAGGGGACCUGGUGAACUGUAUAGCAGUAAGAAAUGGGGACCAAGGGGGAUGGAAAGCACAAAGGGUGGAGAAGAGUGCUGAUGCUUGGGAGGAUGGAGGGAAAUCCUCCUUAGAAAGUGACAGUAUGCAGCUGCGGCCUCUCAUUGGCACAGUCACGUCAUUCGAUGGGCAUGGCGGCUACAUAAACCAGACCACAUACUUCACACGCUGCAGUCUUUGGGAAGGUUAUGAGCCAAUGAAGGGAGACUGGGUUCAAGCUAAAUAUUUUAUCAACCCAACUCAGUGGACCACCCAGGCUCAUUCUGUGGCUCCCUUGCGCUACUGCCGCCUUGACCAGGUGCAUGUGACCAGCGUGCAUGGCAACAAUGGAGUGGUGGACGACACUGUGUUCUUCUGCCUGGACUCGCUGUUGCUUCCUGCCAACUAUAAGCCUUUGCAGGGGCACCUGGUCAACCUGGUGAUGGUGGAGAGCAGUCAGUCCUUCUAUAGUUGGAGGGCUCUGUGCAUGGCACCCUGCCAGCAGAGUCCAAAUGUUUCUCCUUCUCCUCUCACGGAGGCUAAACUGCAGAGCAUUUUGGAAAACAAAGGUGGGCUUGAAGUAUCGGACUUUGGCCAGUUUGGAAAUGCAAUGAUUGGGGAGGAACUCACUCUGGUGCUGUGGAUACAAAAUAAAGGUAUGGAUACUCACAAGCUGAAGUGCUGUGACUUUGCUGGCUGGGAUUCAAAAGAACAGUUCAUGCUUAUUCCUGUCAACGGCCCCAAACCAAAGAAGCACACACAACAACCUCCACAAGAAGACUGCUCUGAAUCUUCAGAAAAUCAUAUCAGUAACCUAAGAGAGGAUGACAGAGAAAAUGGUGAGCUGGUGAAGAACACUAACCAUUCUUCAGGUGUAAGGAGAGAAGAAAGAGAAGUGGAUAUUGCACCAGGAGAUAGGCUGGCUAUCACAGUGGCCUGCCAAGCAAGGAUCCUGGGAAGCUGUGCUGAGCUGCUUUUGCUGCACUUCUCCUCUUUCACCAUCGGGAGGCGCCUGGAGGUCACAGUGAGCACUGAAGAGGCGAACCUACUGCAGCCCUCUGAGCCUUACAGUCGCACUGACGCCAACCCAGUCUCAGCAGUACCUGCUCAUGUGAUCACUGUAUCUGCUCCAAAAAUCCCUCCAAGGCUUACAAAGCGGCGGCUGCCUAACUUCCUACCUAGCUAUCCCGUGCCCCAGGCUCUCAGAGACUGUGUGGAGGCUCAGGGUGAUGUGCUGGUGGUUCAGCCUUGUCUUGGAGAAGCACUGUCAUCAUCCAACAUGCAAUCACGUUUCUCAACUCUCCUCUGGCUGGAAGAGCUGCACUUGGAGAGGGAACUGAAAGAAUUCACGAUCAAUGGGGCUCUUCUCAGGAAAGGAGCAGUCUACCUGCACUUAGAAGUUCUUGGUUUGGCAGAAGGCAGACCCAGCCUCUUCAUUGGUGACAGGAUUGUGUUGAAGAAACCACGCGGUGACGGUUUGGUAAUGGAGUAUGUUAGUUAUGUCACAGAGAUCAACGAGGAGGAUGUUAGUUUGAGGGUAAACUCUGACUUUCAUCGCAGCUACCUUGGCGAGCCACUUGAUGUUGAAUUCUCUUAUAACAGAUUGACUGCGCGACGAUGCCACAACGCACUUGAGCAGACUAAGCAGUUUGGGGAAAUCCUCUUCCCUUCCAGCGUGACUGUCCAGCCACCUCAGUGGACAGGAGAGUGGAUCGAGGAGCCAGAACAAAACAAGACGACAGAGGACGAGGCUCCAGCCAUGGAAAAUGGACAAGUGUCAAUCAUUUCUAUUGACAUGAAAUCAAAGAGCACACAGACCAAAGGUGCAGAUGGCAAACUGCUGUCCAAUCCUAUUCCCAGCAAAGGACACUUCUUCAACCCGGUCCUGAAUCCCCCUCAGAGAGAGGCGGUGAAGAGGAUCCUAGCAGGGGAGAGUCGACCCACUCCGUAUGUGCUGUUUGGACCUCCAGGCACUGGAAAGACUAUCACCCUCAUAGAGUCCAUUCUGCAGGUCUACCACUUUGUGCCCAGUAGCCGGAUACUGGUGUGCACCCCGUCUAACAGUGCUGCUGACCUCAUCUGCAUCCGCCUACAUGACAGUGGAUUCCUUCAUGCAGCAAGUUUGGCCCGUGUCAAUGCAUCCUGUAGACAGGAGGAGGCCAUCCCAGAGGUGCUGAGACAGUAUUCGAGGGCUGGAGAAGAUAUCCGUCAAGCCUCGUUUCACAGGAUUGUAGUCAGCACCUGCUCUAGUGCUGGCAUGUUCCACAACAUAGGACUGCAUGUGGGACAUUUUACUCACGUGUUUCUGGAUGAAGCUGGCCAGGCUACAGAACCUGAGUCCCUGAUUCCCCUGAGUCUCGUGUCAGAGAGAGAUGGGCAGAUAGUGUUGGCUGGAGAUCCCUGUCAGUUGGGUCCAAUGGUAAAGUCCAAACUGGCUGCCACCUUUGGCCUGGGGAUGUCUUUGUUGGAGAGGCUGAUGGCCAACCCUCUGUACUCUAGACACAACUGGGGAUACAACCCUAACCUGGUGACAAAGCUGACAUACAACUACCGAUCCCAUGAGGCCUUGCUAACACUUCCCUCUAAGCUCUUCUAUCAGGACGAGUUGGUCGUUAAAGCUUCCAGAGCUGUAGUUGAUGCUCUCUGCCAGUGGAACGCUCUGCCCAAAAAAGAUUUCCCACUUCUCUUCCAUGGAGUCAGGGGUACAGAAAUGAGGGAGGGUAACAAUCCAUCAUGGUUUAACCCAGUGGAGGCUGUUCAGGUCAUGCUCUACUGCUGCCAGCUGGCCAAGAAGCUCUACAACCCGGUGAAUGCAUCUGACAUUGGCAUCAUCGCACCUUAUAAGAAACAGUGUGAGAAGAUUCGAGUGCUGCUGGGUAAGGUGGGUCUGUCUGACAUCAAAGUUGGCUCUGUAGAGGAGUUCCAAGGACAAGAGUACCUGGUCAUCAUCAUGUCUACAGUGCGCUCGAAUGAAUCGGUACAGAGUGAUGAUUUGCAGAGUGCACUCGGCUUUCUGGCCAACCCCAAACGCUUCAACGUGGCUAUUACUCGUCCCAAAGCACUGCUCAUAAUCAUUGGAAACCCCCACAUACUCAUCAGGGAUCCAUGUUUCAGGGCUCUACUGCAGUACUGCUUCAUCAAUGGAGCAUACCUGGGCUGUGACCCACCUCCCUCCCUUAGAGACACUCCAAUUGUUUCAGAAGAGUAAAGAAGUACUUAAUGGGACAAGGCCACCAGCUUUAUCAACAUGACUGCCUGAUGUUGUUCUGAGUUAAUGUUUUCCCCCACACCUCCCGUAUUGUCUCUUUUUACUGUUUACAAAGUGAGCUGUGUGUGUCCUGAUCAGUGUUUACUGAAGAUGUAAAAGAAGGACAUUUCUUGUUUCUGUGAAAUCAAAGUGCUCUUCUACAGGGGGAUGGAAAUAAAGAUGAUGCUUGUGUGCACCUCACAAUAAUUGGUGUGUCCCGUGAUUAAUAAGUUGAUGUGCUUGACUGUGCAUGAGAUUUUUUUCCAUGAAGCUGUUUCAUCUCAUGGGAAGAUUGUUGUUAACGUCAUAGCUGCUCUGUGUGUAUCCGUCGAGGCAGCGUUGUAAUAGCACUGGCCUGAUUUCAAAUAUUGUUUCUAAUGCUUUCAUAUCCGCCCUCUGAGUUUGUAAAGUCAGAAUAAAAAUG